CAGUACAAGGGCAGACUUACAUAGACAUUUUCGCAAAUACCCAUUGCGUGCGCAAGCGCUUUAACUGUUGAAUAUGGUGCAUGCUUGUCUCGCUAGCGAUCAAACUAGUAAAUACUUACAAAACCAAAAAGACGAUGUUUUUUUUUCAGUUCAUGUUCUAUCAAAGGUUAAUCUGAGCAUGAAAUUUCCCUAAACUGCGUUUUCAAAUUGAUAGACCAAAUCCACAAUAUUUUCUCCAGCAAGUCACGACCAUUCUACACAAGUUAAGGCAUGACAUCAUGGGAAAUAUUGAGAAACUAAUAAAUGCUUUCGAAUUAAAUUAAUGUGUUUUAACUUCCGGUCGGGUGGUGCAACUUUCCGGAACGAGGAAACAAAAUCACUCUCAGAAGUCACUACUGGUUUUUCUAACUUCUUUUUCAGUUUUUAUUUAAGGAAACAAAAAGAGUAUAUAAACCCAUGAAUAUUCCUCGACUGUCAGUUUUGUUUUAUGUGGCACGAGUUCUACACUUCGUCCGUUCGUAAUACUUGGGACCAAUGUCUAUGUAUAAGAGAAACUAUUUAUUUCACACCAUUAUUUAUUGAGCACUGUCAACUCAGCAACGUACGUCAUCGUUUUCGUCGUCAUAGUAACUUCACAUCAGCAAGAUGAACAGCAAACAAGCAAACACACAACAGCCGUCUCGUGCAGCCAAGAUCCCAAUAGCAGUUGUUGGAAUUGGCUGCCGCAUGCCUGGUGGAGUGGACUCUCCGAAAGCAUUCUGGGAUGCCGUCGUUCAAGGUGAAGACAUGAUCAGUGAGGUGCCUUCCGACAGAUGGUCCCUCGAGUCCUUCCACGAUCCCGAUCAAACCAACCACAGCAAGAUGGUCACAAAACGCUGUGGGUUCAUCAAAGACAUUGACAAGUUCGACAACACCUUCUUCAAGAUAUCACCUCGUGAGGCUAGCUCCAUGGACCCUCAACAGCGUCAUAUACUUGAGGUCACCUAUGAGGCGUUCGAGGAUGCUGGUAUCAUCCCAAGCACGCUGGGCGAAACCUGUGGCGUCUACAUCGGGGUGGGGAUGAUGGACUACCCUAUCAUGAUCAUGGAGACAUCUCUCAUCAACCCCUACACCCACACAGGUGUUGGUCAUUCGGCAGUGGCCAACCGUAUCUCCUACGCCUUCGACCUUCGUGGACCCUCCUACGUAGUGGACACUGCCUGUGCCUCAUCCAUGACAGCCAUGCACGUAGCCUGUAACGCCAUCUGGGAUGGUGAAUGCACCUCAGCUGUCGCAGGAGGCUGCAACACACUCCUCCUCCCCGAGGUAACUGUGGGUUUCAGCGCUCUUGGUGUCCUCUCUCCAGAGGGAAAGUGUUGCCCGUUCUCCGAUACGGCCAAGGGGUACGUCCGAAGUGAGGGAUUUGGGGCAUUCAUUCUGAAGCCACUUGACGCAGCUCUAGCUGAGAAUGACCACGUGUACGCCGUCAUCAGGGGUAGUGCAAUUGCAGCAAACGGCUUCAGCAAGAGUCUUACGAUGCCCUCUGCACCUGCCCAGGAGAUGGUAAUGAAAAAUGCUUAUGAACGCUGUGGAGUCCCAUUGUCAUCCGUCCAGUACGUAGAAGCACAUGGCACAGGAACUCCAGUCGGGGAUCCCAUUGAAGCCGGAGCCAUCGGUCGCACAUUUGGUCACCUGAAGGACAGCCCAGUCAAGAUAGGAUCUGUCAAGAGUAACUUUGGCCACAGUGAAUGUGCUGCUGGUAUCACUGCUGCCAUAAAAGUAGCCCUUAUGCUUGAGAAGAAGAUGCUGGUCCCCACCAUUAACUACAACGAACCAAACCCAAAUAUUGAUCUGCAAGAACUUAAUCUGAAAGUUCAAACGACCCUGGAGCCAAUGCAGAGCACCAACGAUGAGACUGAUACUGACAAGUACACCAUUGGACUGAACAGCUUUGGUUUCGCAGGAGCAGUUGCUCACAUGAUAUUUCAGAAUGCUCCAAAACCAACCACAAACGCCAUAGUUGCAGAGACGGCUGGCUGGAAGUUUGGAGACGACAAAAAUGCCGGAAGACCAAUUGUUCUGCCGUUGUCAGCUAAAUCUGGUGAUGCCCUAAAAGACCUCACCAAGAAGUGGCUAGACUUCAACUGUGACACUGAUGCUCUUCAUGUAGCAUCUUGGCAAGCAACACGAAGGGAGCACCACCCAUACCGUAUGGCCAUCAUUGCUAAUUCAAGCUCCUCUUGCAGACAGACCCUGGAGGGAUUUCUUGAAGGUGCUGGAUCUGAAGCUGCUGUGACUGGAACAGCCCCUCAAGGAAAACCAAAGGUCUGUUUCGUGUUUCCAGGACAGGGACAGCAGUGGGUAGAUAUGGGCCGCAAGUUGUACAGCUCCGAGAGUGUAUUCAGAGAGACUAUCGAUUCCUGCGACAAAAUCUUCCAAAGGAUGUCUGGUUGGUCUCUGCUGGAACACUGCGGCUUGUUCAAUGAAGAAGGCAGUAUCACAGACUCGUCACCCUAUACCUCCGUAGAAGAAGCCUUGGGUCAAGUUGAGGUCAUCCAGCCAGCCAUAAUGUUCAUCCAGGUGGCACUCUUUCACCAGUGGCAGCACUGGGGAGUUCAACCCGAUGUUGUUGUUGGACACAGUCUUGGUGAGAUUUCUGCAGCAUAUGCCUGUGGUGGUCUGACACUAGAGGAAGCUGUGGCUGUUAUUUAUCACCGUAGCCAUGCACAAGCCAAGCAGGAAGGUACAGGAAGAAUGGCUGCACUACGAGCUACAAGAGAGCAAGCUGAGAAAAUGUGUCUGGAGCAUGAGCAUCUCUACAUCGCUGCAGUCAACGCACCCGGUGCAAUUACCCUUGCAGGCAAUUGUGAAGUUGUAGCUACCGUGGUGGAGCAAAACCCAGGAAAGGCUAAGCAACUUAGAGUAACCUGUGCCUUCCAUACUCCUGAGAUGGACCCAAUCAAAGAACCCUUUUCAACAGCAAUGGAAGGUGUGGUUAAAAGUGCGGUUGGCAAGAGAACUGUUCCUUUCUACUCAACAGUGACAGGUGAUUACUAUGAUGCAAGCUUUGGAACAGAUUACUGGUGGAGCAACAUCCGAAACGCCGUUCUUUUCCAGCCUGCUAUCGAAGCAAUUCUCCAAGAGACGAAAGCUGAUGUGUUCCUGGAGAUCGCUGCAUCAAACACACUUCUGUCUUCAGUCAAACAGAUCGCCCGUGGCUUGGACCCAAAACACCCACCUACCACCAUCAACUCAAGCUUGAGAGACAAAGAUGACCUUCACAGCAUCCAGCGUGCCAUUGGUACUCUCUACACUAGUGGAGUUGCUCUCGACUGGUCCUGCUUAACUCACGAAACAGCAGAAUGGGCACCAGUUCCUACAUAUCCAUGGCAACACCAAACCUUCUGGCUGGAAACUGAAGAGAGGCAGAAACGUCGUCUUGGGUUAGAUGACCGGACAUUCAAAGGACAGAGUGGCAACCUUACUUUGGAGAUGUUCCCAUUCUUAGCCGACCACGUAGUUGGAAACCGGGUUGUCUUUCCAGGAGCCGGCUACAUCGAACACAUGAUUCAGAUGACAUUUUCUGAGACAGAGACACCGGCUUUGAAGAACAUCAACUUCAUCCGUGUUCUACCAUGGCCUGAAGAAUCUGACUCAAAGAAGUGCACUCUCAAGCUUGGAUUGGAGAAAGAUGGAGCAGUGAUGCAGGUAACAAGUGAAGGCAAUGAGCACAGCAAUGGCCAGACCAGCACCAGCUCCAAAGAGAAGAACAAUUGUCUUCCACUUGAGAAAAUCACAGAGAGAUGCUCAACUGAGGUCACCAGUGAGGUCUUUUAUGAGCGCCUUCAAGAUGUCGGCCUCAGCUACGGACCAGCUUUCCAGAUGGUGGAAAAGAUGUUUCUGGGUGAUGGUGAGGCACUAGCUAUCCUUCAUCCAGUUCCAGACAACAAGCAGAGAAUACAAAUAGCCCAUCUUGAUGCUACAUUCCAGCUUGUUCUUUCUGCAGUAGGUUCAAGCAGCGCUAUGUACCUCCCAGUACAUAUCGAUUCACUUGAGAUGUCUACAGAGUCUAUUCCAUCUGGUGAGAAGCUUCUGGCCUACACUAGAAUCAUCGACUGUGACAGCAUGCUCCUUUCAGCAGAUAUCACUAUUGCAACUGAGAAUGGUGAAUGUCUUGCUUCUGUAAAGGGAUUCCAAGCACAAAACUUCAAUGGCAAUCAGUCCGAUGUUCCUAUCGAGUCAUGUAUCUACACAACACAGUGGCAACCAGUCUCAGCUAACACCUUGCCGACAUCAGUUGUUACCGAAGUCUUCAAGGAGAGCAAUCUUCGUGAGAAAUAUGGGGAUGAGUUGAAUGCCAUUAAUCGAGCUGAAGAUGUACUUGAUGAUAUUGAAGGUGUCUGUGUCUCCUACAUCCGACAUGCAAUCGACACAGUCCCUCUUGAAGAGCGUGCUCAGGGGAAGAGCUACACCAAGUACAUGGAUCGGUUCCAGACCAUUGCCGAGAGCAAAUCCAGCAAAUCCAUCCCAUUCAACGACAUUCCAUCAGUCUUGGACAAGAUUCUUGAACAUGUUCCUGAGCUUGACUCUGAGGUCAGUCUGAUCAAGAGCCUUGGAGAUGUUCUUCCUGACACACUACGGGACCCACAAACUGCAGUUCCUAUCAUGUUCUGUGCAGAAGGUCUUGACAGGUACUUCUACGACUCACUAAGUACUAGGCUGUACUACAAAGCUGGGGCAGAAGCAGUUGUCAGUGCAAUCAGGGAAGCUGCUAAACACAAGAAGGUUGUUCGAGUUCUGGAACUCGGUGCUCGUAUUGGAGGAUUGACACGCUUCAUUGCCGACCAACUUAAAGACUUGGGAGAAGAGAAGCGAAUGGAGUAUGUUUUCACAGACGUGACUGCAACUUUCUUUCAGCAGGCUCAAGAAAAUUUGAAGGAGUUUCCCUUCAUUCAAUACAAGCAGAUAGAUAUUGAAAGCGACAUUGACGAACAAGGGUUUGUUCCAGGGAGCUUUGACGUGAUAGUCUGUCUGGACACUUUGCAUGCAGCAGUGAACGUACAACGCAGCACAGCUUACAUGAGUAACUUAGUGAGCCCUGAUGGCCUGAUGUUUAUCAUUGAGGGUACUAACACACACUACCUGACUGAGCUGUGGUUCGGAGCUUUGGAUGUCUGCUGGGCAUUUGAUGACUUCCGUAAGGAGCGUUGCUGGAUGGAUCGACAGGGCUGGUUAGACACAAUGACUCAAGUUGGCCUCAAAGACAUUCAAUCUGCAUCUUCACCGAAUGAAUUCUUCCACUGCGUUUUUGCUGGGCGGAAGUCAUCACUUUCAGAACGGGAUUGCUUGAGGGAGGUCAUCAAGCAAGACAAGAUGAUAAUUGUUCGAGACGAAAGCAACAGGUUCUCAUCAGAGUUUCUCCCUUUCUAUCAUGGUGAGGUUCACAUAAGUACCUUUUCUGAAUCCAAGUCACUGGACCGUCUUUUUAGUGAACACUCCGACUCUCCGAUGGAGGUGAUUUACAUCUACAGUGAUGAAGAUUCCAAGGCUGUUGCGCUCCUGAGACUCUUUCAGGCAGUGGAGUCCUAUCCAGAAGCAGUCAAACGGGUGUGGAUCUUGACGAAAGGUGCAAACAUGGACUGCACUAGGCCAAGUGGUUCUCUGGCCGUUGGGUUGACUCGAGCUGUCAGUAACCAGAUCCCAGGGAUGUCAAUUUGUUCUGUAGAUUUCGACCCCGAGAACUCACUUGCUGAAAAUGUCCAAGAACUACUGAGACUGAUGGACGACAGCAGCCUCGCUGAGCGUGAGAUUGUCCUGCGUAAGGGGAGGUACGUCCCCCGUGUUGUUCACCAAGAUUUGAACAACAUCAAAAGCAUCAACUCCAAAAUGUGGCGAGUUGAGCAGGAUCUAAAAGGUAAAGCAGGCAAAGGAGCAUCCAUUGAUGACCUGGCAUUCCAUGAUGUUCAGGAGAUUGAAGUUCCUUCGGGUCAUGUGAAGAUCAAGGUGAAAGCUGCACCGCUCAACUUCAAAGAUGUCAUGAUGGCGUUGGGGCUUCUUGAAGGAUUGGAGAAUGACACACAUCCCUCAUUCGGUAUUGAGUGUUCAGGUGUUGUGGUAGAGAUUGGUUCAAGGGUAUCUGGUCUUAGGAUUGGUGAUGAGGUGAUAGCAUUUGGGAAAAGCUGCUUUGCCUCUCAUGCAAUCUGUGAUGCUAAACUCACUGUCCACAAGCCGGAUAAUCUUGACUUCCUUGAAAGUUCUAGCAUCGGAGUAGUUUUCGUGACGGCAUACCUUAGCCUGAUUGAAAGAGCCAACUUGAAGAAAGAUGAGACAGUUCUUAUUCAUUCUGCCUGUGGAGGAGUCGGACUUGCAGCCAUUCAGAUUGCACAGAUGAUUGGUGCCAAGAUCAUCUGCACCGCUGGUACAGAGGAGAAGAGGAGCUACUUGAGGAAACAUGUUGGCAUUGAGAUGGUCAGUGAUUCACGUACUGACCGCUUUCAUGUUGAUGUCAUGGAAUGGACCAAUGGCCGAGGAGUAGAUGUCAUUCUGAACUCGCUCUCUGGAAAGCUCCUUCAAACAGGUAUCUCACUUCUGGGGCAAGGCGGACGGUUUUGUGAGAUUGGUAAACGUGACAUAUUGCAGAGCUCCAACAUCCCCAUGGGUUUCUUCUUGGAGAACAAAUCAUUCAAUUCCUGCCAAGUUGAUGUCCUGAUGCGACAACGACCAGCCACGGUGCAAGGUAUAAUGAGAAAGGUUGUUAAACUGUUUGACAACAACAAGCUGAAGCCGAUUCCAACUACCGUACAACCGCUCGGCAACUUGAAGGAGACCUUCCGUAUGAUGUCAAAGGGAGCUCACAUUGGCAAGAUCGUCUUUGAGGUGCCAGAGGGUUUCCAGCCGGCUGAGAUUAAACUUCCUCUCAGUCAGUUCAAAUCAAACGCAACGUACAUAGUCACUGGUGGAUUUGGAGGAAUUGGUCAAGCUCUUUCAAGAUGGUUGUGCCAAAACGGGGCCAAGCACAUCGUUCUCGUCUCCAGGAAAGGGGCAAAGACAGCCGCUGCCAAGAGGACCGUGAGCUACCUCAAACGCAACAAAGUCAACCUGAAGGAGUACUCACUAGACAUCUCAAACAGACAGAGUGUGAACAAGAUGUUAGAGAACCUUCGUGACGAUAAACGUACCCCCGCAAUCAAAGGUGUCUUUCAUCUGGCAGGCGUCAUCGAGGAGGAGAACCUUCCGGACGUCACGGCCGAUCAGAUGAACAGAAUCCUGGGUGCCAAGGCAACUGGAGCCAAAAUCCUCCAUGAUCUGACCAAGGAUGAUCAACUUGAUGUCUUCUUCAUGCUUUCCUCAAUCUCUACUACUUGGGGACAUCCAGCACAGCCAUGCUAUUGUGCUGCUAAUGCAUACCUCGAUGCUCUAGCCGAGAAAAGACACAUAGAUGGACUACCAGCUCUCUCUGUGCAACUGGCACCUGUUAAAGGGGCAGGGUAUCUGGAGGACAAAGGUCAAACUGUCAAGGUUCUAGCUAUGAAGGGAAACCACCAGCUGUAUGUAGAUGAGUUCCUUCAAGUACUUGGUCAACUGCUGUCACGUGGCGACCUCCCAACAGUCUGCCUAGCCAAUCAGGAAUGGGGAGCGACUCAGCAGUUCUGCUAUAAAUCUAUGCUCAAGUUCCACCAUUUGGCCGCACUCAGCAACAAAUCAUCAGCCAGCGAUGUUAGCAGCAUGGACAUCGCAGACUUAGAGACCAGCAUCAAAUCCAAGAUGGCCGACCUCCUGUGUAUGUCAGAUGAUGCAAUCGACGUCAGCCAGCCGAUGGUGAACUACGGUGUGGAUUCAUUGGUUGCCCUGGAGAUGGUGAACUGGGCGACCAAUCAGCUUGGAGUGACAAUAUCGCAACUGGACAUUCUGGGUGGAAUUACAACGGCAGCUCUGUUGGAGAAGGCAACAGAAGCAAGAUGAGAUUAGUUUUCAAAAUUCCAUUUUCUACUUCCAUUCAUGCAUUACUCUAUGAUUAUCCAUUUAUGAGAAUUCAAUGAGCAAAAGUUUGAGGCUUUUACGGUAUGGGGUUCAGGUCCCGCCUAAAGGUCCGGUCCCACUGCUCUGUGAUUAUGGUGUUCACUAUGUUGACUCUGUAGUGAUCACUCUGAGCUACUUUUUCCUGACUUCUUGAGCAAAAGGUUUCAAAGAUUGCACUUGAACUCUGAAAUGCAAUAACUUGAAAAAGGUGGGUGGGGAAGUUGACAGAGGGAUUUCAAAAGUCUUUGCUGUAACUUCUUAAACACAAGCUUUGUGAUGUGCCAUUUUUGUAUUUACAUCUUGGAGAAAACUGCUCACCUGCAACACAGGGGCCAAUUGAGGAACUAGCUACUGGUUGAUGCAUAUCAAUCCGUUGAACAGUCCUGUAAAUAUAUAAAUUUCCCUUCUGAAAGUGAACUUUACAGCAACACUGCUUUGCCCUAUAUUUUCUACAUGGCUACACCAAUAGGUAUCAGGGCUAAGUUUUGAUGAAAAUAUAACAAAAUUUUAUUCUAUGUGUGCUCAAACAAAAGAAACAUUUAUUAUUUUUGUGUAUAUUUAUAAGUAUUUAUCAUGAACUCUGUAGAGGGUAAAAUAUAGUGUUUUGGAGAGCAAGCCCAUCUUUAUAUUGGAAAAGGGCACUGCCAUCGGAAAAUCUUUAAACAAUUUGAGGGGCAUCAAGGCCGAAUAUUAAUCCAGGACUGAAAACUAUGUUUGGUAGAUAAGAAACCAGACAAUAUCUGUCAGAAAAUUUGUAAAUAUACAAACAUAAAAACAUGUUAUUCAACAAUAAUAUAUUACUGACGAGUGACGACCCAAUUUAAUUUUGUAUGACAGCCUACGUAACAGAUGAAACAGGGAAAAAAUCUGAAUUUUUCAAACUUUUAAAUGUUUCUAAACUAAAAAUGUUAUUUAUGAAUAUUAUCCAUAUUUUUAAGCAAAUUCAACUAUAGUCAUUCCUUAGAGCUUAAACUGUAUUUUUGUACUGUACAUUGUUUUAUGGUAGUGGAUUGAAAAUAAUAGUCUUCCUAAUGUUAUAAUUCUAAAAGCCAUGUCACACCGGGCCAAUUUUUACAGGCAGCUUGGAGGAAAACAAUAUCACUGCAAGCAAAAUGACCACUCCAUGAGCACAACAGACAUUUUUAGUGUUUCACACUGGACUGUCUCCGAGACAAGUGAAGAAAAAAAAAAAGUUGUGUAUGAUUUGUUUUUUUUUGAGGUUGCCUGGAACUGACUGCCUGUAAAUUUUAAUCUGGUGACAUGGCCCUUACAUUGUUUUGCAUGAGAUUUUGAAAAAAUUACAAACAAUUAGACUAGCACGUUCCUUAAAAACUAUGAAUGUACUCAUUGGUACAAUAUCUUAUAGAGGUGGUGCAUAAAAACCGUCAAUACUACAUGAUAUUCAAGAUAUUUUGUUGGAGACAAUACUCUAAAAAAACAUAUCACCUUUUGAAAUGAAUUUUUCAAAGUUUAGUUUUGUUGUAAGCCCCUGUGUAUGUUAGGCCUAUAUCUCAUGUGAACAGUUCCAAUAACCAAAGGUUCACUUUGUUGUGUAACAGCUCUUGAUUGUUUGCAAUGAAGAAAUCAAAGUACUAUAAAAAUGGCAUUUUAAUACUGAUACAACAGCAAGGUCAAUAUAUACUGGACCAGUGAUAAACUACAAAUAUUCCACUCUUAAAAGAAUAUUCAACUGAUUUAUAUAUUGUGCCUUAAAAAUAUUGUCUAUUUAAGCCAAGUUAUCUCUAAAAGUAACAAAAACAACAACUUUAAAGUCACCGCUUUAUGUUAUUAAUAUCCUGCCAAAUUGGUGAUUUAUAUUGUUAUAAAUAGCUUAUAAUAGAAAAACUUGGGAAAUAAAACAGACUAUAAAAAGAGA